ACACUUAUGGGACAGCAUGCCAGAAAGAUAGAGCAUUCGGUCGCUAGCCAGAUGGCUCAAGUUUGGAUCUCAGUUCGGCUUUGUGACCAUAGGACAUCUCUGAGUCCACCCAGCUCUGAUGGGUAUCUGACUUACAUUGGGGAAGGAAAGGAGGCUGGGCAUAGUGCUGACCACACCAUCCCUACUCAUACUAAGGUCAAGAAACAUGUGAACUCUACUUCAUCUGCCCAAUGGAUCGCUAGGUCUAAAGAGGAACUUUACUUACUUUACUUAAAACUAACCUUAUAUUUUUUUUUACUAGCAGGUGCUACUUUUUUCUUUUCAAGGAGGCGAUAUUGGAUAAAGUUGAUAGAUAGUAACAAUAGCAGCGGGAUGUUAUUCAUUUAAAUGGAAAAUAUGUUAUUUAGCCGAACUACAUUUUUAGAAAUAUUGAAGACUAGCACUACUAAAAUAAGACAAGAGCAUUAAAUGUUUAAUUGAAUUGAGAAACCACAGCCAUGCAAAGUUCUCAACUAGUGAUUGACAAUAACAAAGAGUUCUAUAAAUCAAAAGACAUGUCCAAAAAGUGUGAAAUCUGCAACAAGGUGUUUGCACGUACUGCCAAUGUUGCACUACACAUGAGGCUUCAUAGAGGAGAAAAACCAUUCAGCUGUUCAGUAUGUACAAAGACCUUCAGGCGUUCUGAUCAUUUAAAGAACCAUGAACUAAUACACACUAAGUUGAAAUCUCACAAGUGUGAUCAGUGUAGUGAAACAUUCAAGCGUAAGGAUCAUUUAAAAUAUCACCAAAUUAACUUUCAUGGAGCAAAGAUAUAUUUACAUGAACUUCGAAGUUAUGCAAGGGGUAAAGGUAACGAUGCGGAGAAAAAACAGAUAUUGUGCGAUGUAUGUGGUGUUUCGUUUGGGAAUGAGAGGAACUUGAAAAAUCAUCUGAGAAUUCACGCAAACCAAGGGAAGUACUCUUGUCAGUUUUGUGCCAGGUCUUUUAACCAAAGCUCAAAUUUAAACAUACACCUGAGGAAACAUACAGGGGAGACACCGUACAAAUGUGGUACAUGUGAUGAGUCCUUCACUACCUCAGCAAAGUUGAAAACUCAUGUCAGAAAGCACACUGGGGACCUGCCCUUCUCGUGUGAUGUUUGUGGCCGGCUAUUCGGUGAAGGACACCUGCUUAAAAUGCAUAUGAUGAUUCACAGCUCUGACAAGACAUACAAAUGCAACCACUGCGAUAAAACAUUCACGCAUAGUAGUACGUUACGUGCACACAUACGAACACACACUGGAGUGAAGCCAUACAAAUGUGACAUCUGCGACGACUCUUUCGCUCAACUUUCAAGUCUCACCUACCAUAAAAGAACACAUAGCGGUGAGAAGCCGUAUUCUUGUCACGUAUGUGGAAAUACAUACACUAGAAUGGCUACCUUAACGAUCCAUCUCACAAGACACAGUGGUCAGAAGCGAAUAUCUUGUCCACAGUGUGAAUUCAAAUGCGACACCUCCAAAAGUCUUAAGAAGCAUGUUGUCAAAUGUCACAAAGAGUUGAAAGAUGUUGACUUGCUUACACAACACUCCCCAGUUCGAGCAUCUGGUGCUUUGUACUCACAUUCCAUAGUCACUGAUGUAACCCAGCGUCUUCAAAAAGUUAAUGAGCCGCUUCGGAAAAUUGAAUCAUUUUUGAGCCCACCUGAUCAGCCACAACCUUGUAAUCCACAAGGAAAUGUAACUCAAAAUGAUGACCUUUUCGUUGUAGAGAAACCACAAUGUGGUUUUGAAGUACUUUCUGACAGUGUGUUACAUUCUGGUACAGUUUCGAAUGACACAAACGUCACAGAAACAAGUUCAGAAACUGUGGUGGCACAGAUGUGUAGUUUGGAGUGUUUGACAACAACUUGUGAUCAAGUUCAUUCCAGUCCAGUGCUAGUCCAAGAAUUUAAUGGCAAUACUUAUGUUCAAAAGUCUAACCUAGAGCUGCAUAAUUUUAAAUCAAAUAGUUUAACUCAGACUGAAUUAAGUCAAACUGAAUUACCUGUAACUUGCAUAACGCCUUCUUCUUUCACUCAGACUUCACCCUAUGUUAUGAUGAGCCACACCCCACACAUUAUUUUACCAGCACAGACUCAAAAUAUUUCAGGGCAGUGUAGUGAGAUCACGCACAACACAGAAAUGACAGAAUCUAGCUGCCUUCUUUCAUACAGGGCCCAAACUUCACCUAUAACUCAAUCUGGAUAUAAUCAAAAUACACUCAUCACUCAUUCUGAAUUUGACCAGAAUACGUUCAUCACUCAGUCUGGAUAUAACCAAAAUACACCCAUCAAUCAAUCUGAAUUUGACCAGAAUUCACCAAUCACUCAGUCUGGAUAUAACCAAAGUAAACCCAUCAAUCAAUCUGAAUCUGACCAGAUUCCACUCAUCCCUCAGACCCACACUAUGAGCACUGCAUCCUCUGAAGACAACCUAAUUAUCUGCCCUGAAUCUACUUAUCAGCACUCCCCAAAUGUUGAGAGUAGCUUCCUUGAUCCCCCAUCAACACAAGUCUCAGUUGAAAUUCAGGCGACACAAAAACUAACCCACAAAGCUCAGCAGCACAAAAAGCGUCAUAACAAAGUCGAGAAAAAUUUUGAUGUGAAUGUGAAGAAAGAAAAUAAAAAAUCUAUUGGUAAAUCAGACGCUUUAAGAAAAAGAAAGAAACAACAAUGUUUAGGAAAAACUUCAAGAAAUCUUCAGACUAAAACUGGGAAUUCCAAAAAUUCAAAAAAUCAGAAAAGAAAAGUUUUAAGUGGUACAAAGAAAUCUAAACGUCAGAAUAAAGAGAAAUUGGAUCCUGCCUUUUCUCAGUUAAAUCAUUGUGAAAAUAGUCGCAACAAGCCAGUUGAAUGCAAAGUCUGUGGACAGAAGUUCUCACGGAGAGGUAACCUCACCACCCACAUGAGGCUGCACAGUGGGGAACGCCCGUACUCUUGCAAGUUUUGUGAGAAAAGGUUCUCGCGGUCCGACCAUCUUAAAAGUCAUAUGCUGCUUCAUGGGGGAGAUAACUCCUUCUUGUGUAAUCACUGUGGUGAAAACUUAUCCACCCUUGGCGAGCUAUCUAGUCAUAUACAGGACAAACACGGGGGAAGAAACCCAUUUGCUUGUGGUAUGUGUUCGUUUUCUUGUCUACACAUCGGGGAGAUAAAAGAUCAUAUAAAAAACCACCUCGGGAAAGAAACUUUCACUUGCAGUAUUUGUAAAAUGGAUUUUUUUAAAGCUAAAGAUAUGAAAAAACAUAUGCUUUCUCAUGAAGGACAGAGUCCGUUUACGUGUUACGUGUGUCAGAAAACAUUCCGGGAAAGCUCUUGCCUGAAGCUGCAUAUCAGGACCAAGCAUACGGGGGAGAAAUAUUUUAAAUGUGGCGUGUGCGAGAAGACGCUGGUGACUGCUGCUAAGCUGCAGAGGCAUAUACGCAACCACAGCGGUGUACGUCCAUACACGUGCGAGUUCUGUGGUAAAAUGUUUAUAGAUAUCUGCUUGUUGAAGAUGCACGUGAGAAUACACACCAAUGAGAAACCUUUCCAGUGUAAGCACUGUGACAAAAGUUUCACCCAUCGCAGCACCCUGCGCGCUCAUAUCCGCACUCACACGGGCAACAAGCCGUACACGUGUGAGAUUUGUGGAGCCUCGUUUUCUCAGGUGUCAAGUCUGAGUUAUCACAAGCGAAGGCAUGACGGUCUUAAGCCUUACUCCUGUAAGAUUUGUGGAAACUCGUACACACGUUCAACGACGUUAAGCAUACACCUGACCCACCACACUGGAAUAAAACGGGUGUCAUGCCCAGAGUGUAAUUUUAAGUGCGACACACCCAAACACCUAAGAAAACAUCUAGCCGAGGUACACAUUGAAACAGAUGUACCAGUUCCUGAACAUGCAUUCGUCCAACCCCAGUUUGAAGAAAACAUGCAGUCUAUAACCAUUGAUCAAAACUGUCUUGAUCACACUUUUCAAGAUCUGCAGCAGCAACAAAUUGUAUUCCUGCCUCAGUUAAAUCAAGUCGGUCAAACAUUUACUCUGAACGACCCAAAUUUCCCAGAACCUUCCGCAUAUGAACAAUACCAACACUUUGAGCAUAGAAAUUUUGUACUGCAGGACUACCAACAGCCACACUUGUAUGAAAUGUCGUCAGUUCCCAACAGGUUUUUUACCCCCAGAGAACAAACGAACUAAAACAAGGUCAGCUUAACUUUACACAUUUUUUUACAAGCUUUAAACUCAAUCUUGCACUAUACAAGUAAAUUGUGAUUCAUUUCUGUUAAAUGACUGUAUUUACAAAUAUAUUUUUUAAAUGUGACGUUGGUAUAUCAAGAAAUGCUACAUUUAAUCAUGCUUUAAAUAUUGUGUUAAAACUAUAUGGUUUUUUUUUAUUUACAUUUUUAAGAUUCAUUCCAGCACUUAUUUGUAUCAGUUUUUUAUUUGAUAUUAUUUGAGAAGAUUAAUUGUAUUAAUAGAAGACAUAUUUAUAUACAAAAAUUUUAUGUGAAUGUGAUAUCUAUUUGAUUUAAAAAAUAUUAAGUAAUUACACGUAAUUUUUAAGGGAUGUGUGGUGCUCAACACUUUUUCAAACGUAUUUUAAUUAUUAAAGAGAUGCUAAGUCAUACAAGGAGUUUUUUGUUCAACUCACUAUCAAAUAAAAUUAUUUUUAACCUUGUUAUAUAUAAGUUUUUAAUUGGGCUUGACGUGAUAAAGAUAUUUUAGUUUGCCUACAAUUUUAUAGGCUAAAAUGUGCCAUAUAAUUACUACAAUGUUUAUUUUUUACUUUUUUGUUGUUUGCAACCUUUAAAUGUUAAUUUUAUUUAGAUGUAAAAUACAGUUUUCAUGUUUAUAAUUGGUUGUUGUUUUUUGGUUGUGAAUAAAAUAAUUUAUGUCAAUAUUUUUAUAAAGCCGGGCAGGAUCACCACUUUUGUGGAAGGGGGUCACACUAUUAAUCUACUUACAUGUGUACCAGUAGUGGUUGGUUAAACCAUUGACAACAAAUAUGUUCAUCAAGCUUUAAUCUAUCUUCUCUUAUAUUUUCUUUUAUUACAUUUAAACAGUUAUAGUCAAAAAUUGCUAUGUGAAUUGAUUGAAGUUGAUAUCGGAACAAUGUCAUUAGCUAAAUCAAUACAAAAAAGUAAAUGUAUUUAUUUAAAUUUAUUAUUAUUGCUGUAAUCAAUAAUAAGCACAAUAAAUAUUAUUUGUAUUUGCUACAUAUUUUGCUAACUAUCAUUUAUGAUUAUUUUUUCUAUUAUGUUGUUUGUAUACCUACAUUCGGAGAACAAAAUCUCUUGUAUCAAAACAGAUAUACUGUUCGUUUUGUUGUUUCCUCACUGCCCGCUUUUGACCUAAGAAAUCGUGUUUGUAACCAUUCCAUUUGCAAUACUUCGUUUUGUCCACUUCCUGUUUUUUUCAAUACUUUAUUAUUAAUCAUAAUUGUUAUAAUG